AGCGGAAGUAGAGCUAGCCGCAGCCGGAAUAGUUUCAACUGUCGCCGAGAUGCCGAAGGCGGGGAAGCAGCAGCCUCUGGAACCGGAGUGGAUUGGGGAUCGAGAGAAAGCAAGCCCCGCUGAUAAGGUCGUCAGGAAAGGAAAGAAGGACAAGAAGACCAAAAAGACGUUCUUUGAGGAAUUGGCUGAGGAGGAAAAGCAUGCAGGGGAGGAAGAAGAGUCGUCGAAGAUAGUCAAAGAAAAAGAACAGCAGCAGCAGCAACAACAGCAGAAGAAAAAGCGAGACAGCCGGAAAGGGCGACGAAAGAAGGAUGUUGAUGAUGGUGAUGGAGAAGAGAAGGAACUUAUGGAAAGGCUCAAGAAGCUCUCUGUGCCAGCAAGUGAUGAAGAGGAUGAAAUGCCUGUCCCAGUACCUCGAGGUGGGAAGAAAGCCAAGGGUGGUAAUGUGUUCGCUGCCCUGAUACAGGACCAGAGUGAGGAGGAAGAGGAGGAAGAACAGCCAUCAAAACCUGCCAAACCAGAGAAAAAUCGAAUCAACAAGGCUGUUUCCCAGGAGCAGCAGCCUGAGCAGAAGGUUAGAAAGGGGAAGGAAGAGAAGUCAAAAGGAAAAGGGAAGCCCCAAAAUAAAUUUGUUGCUUUGGAUGUUGAAGAGAAAGAAGAAGAAAUAUCCAAAGAGAAGGAGCUUUCCAGAUGGGGGAAGGAUAAACUCAAGAAAGUGGAACAGGGCUCAGAGGGGGAAGGAGAAGCGGAUGAAGAAGACGAGAGUGAGGCCAGAACAGAUGAUGCCUAUGCUCACCUCAGCAAAAAGGAGAAAAAGAAGCUGAAGAAACAGAUGGAGUAUGAAAGACAAGUAGCCACACUGAAAGCAGCCAAUGCUGCUGAAAAUGAUUUCUCAGUGUCUCAGGCUGAAGUGUCUUCCCGCCAGGCCAUGCUGGAGAAUGCCUCUGACAUCAAGCUGGAAAAGUUUAGCAUCUCAGCCCAUGGCAAGGAGCUCUUCGUCAAUGCAGAUCUGUACAUUGUGGCCGGCCGCCGCUAUGGACUAGUGGGGCCCAAUGGUAAGGGCAAGACUACGCUGCUCAAACACAUUGCCAAUCGAGCUCUUAGCAUCCCUCCCAAUAUAGAUGUGUUGCUUUGUGAACAAGAGGUGGUAGCAGAUGAGACGCCGGCUGUGCAGGCUGUGCUUCGUGCUGACACCAAGCGACUGAAGCUGCUAGAAGAGGAGAAGAGGCUCCAGGGAAAGCUGGAGCAGGGAGAUGAUGCUGCAGCAGAGAGGCUGGAAAAGGUAUAUGAAGAACUUCGAGCCAUGGGAGCUGCUGCAGCAGAGGCUAAAGCUCGGCGGAUCCUUGCUGGCCUGGGCUUUGACCCUGAGAUGCAAAAUCGACCCACACAGAAGUUUUCGGGGGGCUGGCGUAUGCGAGUCUCCUUAGCCAGGGCACUUUUCAUGGAGCCUACACUGCUGAUGUUGGAUGAACCCACCAACCACCUGGACCUCAAUGCUGUCAUCUGGCUCAACAACUAUCUUCAGGGCUGGCGGAAGACACUGCUGAUUGUAUCCCAUGACCAGGGCUUCUUGGAUGAUGUUUGUACUGAUAUCAUCCACCUGGAUGCCCAAAGGCUCCAUUACUAUAGGGGCAACUAUAUGACCUUCAAAAAGAUGUACCAGCAGAAGCAGAAAGAGCUUUUGAAGCAAUAUGAGAAGCAGGAAAAGAAGCUGAAAGAGCUCAAGGCUGGGGGCAAGUCCACCAAGCAGGCGGAGAAGCAAACGAAGGAGGCCCUGACCCGGAAGCAGCAGAAAUGUCGGCGGAAGAACCAGGAUGAGGAGGCACAAGAGGCACCUGAGCUUUUGAAGCGCCCAAAGGAAUACACUGUGCGAUUCACUUUCCCUGAUCCCCCACCACUCAGCCCCCCUGUGCUGGGAUUGCAUGGUGUAACAUUUGGCUAUGAGGGACAGAAGCCACUCUUCAAGAACUUGGACUUUGGAAUCGAUAUGGACUCAAGGAUCUGCAUUGUAGGCCCCAAUGGUGUGGGGAAGAGUACACUGCUGCUUCUGCUCACAGGAAAGCUGGCUCCAACCCGAGGGGAGAUGAGGAAGAACCACCGGCUGAAAAUUGGCUUCUUCAACCAGCAGUAUGCAGAGCAGCUGCGCAUGGAAGAGACAGCCACUGAAUACCUACAACGGGGCUUCAACUUACCUUAUCAAGAUGCCAGAAAGUGUCUGGGCCGAUUUGGUCUAGAGAGCCAUGCCCAUACAAUCCAGAUAUGCAAGCUCUCAGGUGGACAGAAAGCCCGAGUAGUGUUUGCUGAGCUGGCGUGUCGUGAACCAGAUGUUCUCAUACUAGAUGAACCGACCAACAACUUGGAUAUAGAGUCUAUUGAUGCUUUGGGAGAGGCUAUCAAUGAAUACAAGGGUGCUGUGAUUGUUGUCAGUCAUGAUGCCCGGCUAAUCACAGAAACCAACUGCCAGCUUUGGGUGGUAGAGGAACAGAGUGUUAGCCAAAUCGAUGGUGACUUUGAGGACUACAAGAGGGAAGUGCUGGAGGCCCUGGGUGAGGUCAUGGUGAAUCGACCUCGUGAGUGAGGUUUCCUCCUGUACACUCUUCUGCCUGAGUAGCUCAUAUGGCCUGGAUGCUCCUUUCCCUUCCACUCACCAUUUGCAAGAUAAGGGCUCAUCGUCAACCAGUGCCAUGACCACUGAGACAUCUGGAGGUGGAGCUUUGCCUGGUGUGCCACAAAGACCGUCACCUUAACUGAUGCACAGACAAACUAGUAACCUUCUUCAGAUGGAAGUACUGGCUUUAUCUUACAGUGUAGGUAGAGAAACUAUUGAUGCCGGGAUGUGUCAUUGAACUGACAACACCAGCCUCCGCCUCUGACAGAUAACUCUGAUUCAAAUAAGCUUUGCACCACCACUUUACCUGAUGGCCUGUGUAGCCCAUCUGAUGCAGAAUAGGGGCUGUGGACUGGGCACUUCUCUUCUCUGACUGUGUCUCUGAUCUUCUGCCACCUCCCCAGUCACAACAGGAUUUGGUCUAGUUGAUAAUUACAAUUUAUAGGGACCCAAGUUAUGGGCAUAAUAGCUUUGGUUCCAAUUGCCAGCGCUGCUCUGAGGAGCAAUCCUGUUUUAUUUUUUUGGUCUGAUUGACGCAUGGAAAACUGACAGAAGCCUCUAGCUGUAUUCCAGAGAUGAAGGCAAAUAUCAGAGGGAUCAUGGUCUUUAGAGGGGAUGGAGCCUGUUUGCUACUGGUGUCUACAUUCUCUUGUAUUUGUGGAUUUGGGGGGCAGGGAAGGAAUGCUGCUGAACUUUGUCCCUCAGUUUGCCUGGGGAGGGAAUAAAGGAGAGUGAAUUGCC